AUGAAAUACAACGUGAAGAUAGGUAUCAUUGGUGGAUCAGGACUUGACGAUCCAGAUUUUUUUAAAGAUGCAACUGAAGAAAAAGUGAAAACUCCGUAUGGUAACCCAUCAGACUCGCUUCUCAGCGGCAAGCUCAACGGUAUCAAUUGUGUUCUAUUAGCCAGGCAUGGACGUAAGCACUCGAUAAGUCCCACCAAUAUAAAUUACCGUGCCAAUAUUUGGGCUUUGAAGCAUCUAGGAUGUACACAUAUUAUUGCAUCAACAGCAACCGGUUCUUUAAAAGAAGAAAUUAAGCCGGGUGAUUUGGUAAUUUUGGAUUCUUUCAUUGAUUUAACCAAAAAACGUGACUUAACUAUGUUUGAUAAGGAUGAUAAAGUUAUACACUUACCAAUUGAACCUCCUUUUUGUUCAGCUACUCGGAAUAUUAUUAUUGAAACGGCUCAAAGCCUUGGUAUUCCUGUUCAUAAAACCGGUACAGCUGUAGUUAUUGAAGGACCUAGAUUCUCGACAAAGGCUGAAAGUAAUGUCUAUCGAUCAUGGAAUGCUGAUUUGGUCAAUAUGACACUUGCUCCAGAAGUUGUACUGGCUAAAGAAGCAGGUUUGUUGUAUGCUUCAGUGGCCAUGGCCACAGACUAUGAUUGUUGGAGAGAAGCAACAGAAAAAGUCAAUGUUGCUAAUGUUAUAAGAGUUUUUCAAGAAAAUGUUAAAAAAAUCACAACAUUAUUUAUAGAAGUUUUGCCCAAAAUAGCGGAAAAAAAUUGGGAUGUCGAAAUUGAUGAACUAAAUAGUCUCAUCCAAGAGAGUGUGCAGAGUAAAUGA